GACUGUCCAAAAACUUCGACAUCUGCAGCUCUAAAAGGUGAGAUAAUAAGGCUAGACCGCUUUACCGGAGUGAAACGUUCACGGAGCCGUGUAUCGUCUACUAGCUCCGAUGAUACGCAUGUAUCAUAUCCUACGGAUACUGAUGAAAAUAUGAUGACUUUAUCGGCUGAUCUCGAUUUGGAAGAAGAGUAUUAUCAACACAUUGCAUAUAAUAAUCGUCACAACACCAAUGCUGAAGAGAGCACGCCUUUAUUUUUUGAUGACCCUGACGAUUAUUAUGACGACAAUAGUGAUGACUCUAAUGAUGAUAAUACACGCUCCUUUGUACAAUCACAUGCUCUAGGUGCCCAAUAUGGCGGCGUAACAACACGUUCGAGAGCAAAAGCCACACAGAAUACCUUACCAUCUACAUCGACAGCAGGUUUACCAGACGAUCACGAAGCCUCAAUUGAAGAUAAUACUGUUGAACCGCCUGGUAAAAGAUUCAAAAUUGAACGUGAAAUAAUUAAACAUUAUAAGCGGUUUCAAGCUAAAGGUAAAGAAACAACUUUAACAAUAGCAGAGCCGCCUGUUAAUACAGAUCCCCUACAGUGGUUUCACGACGCAUUGAGCGAUAUUGUAACACAUAUUACAGCGGGCUGUAAUGCUCAUGAUUAU